CAUACAUAGAAACUAGAAACUCAACACACCCAUUGCCAUUGCCAUUGCCAUUGCCACUGGGUCCCUCUCAUUCUUUCUUUAAUAUUUAUUAUUACUAGUUACAAGUCUCAUAUCAUAUACUUUAACCUAAAGCCCCCUCACUCUCACUCACACACUCUCUCUCUCUAUAUAUAUAUAUGAUUAUAUCCUAUCCCUCCAUUUGCAAUUAACGACAAGGUGGACUGCAGGUGCUGACUGGUAUUUCGACAUCUUAUAAGCUCACGACAACACCCUCUUCUCAUUUCUCCGUACCACUCAGCUCUUUGUUCCAAGUCUAACGUUGUAUUAUUGCAAUCCCCACUCCUUUAAAUCUCCCCUGACCUCACUCGGAGGAUCAAUAUUAUUAUCUAUCAAUAACAUGCAUCGGUGCUGCAGUAGUGGCUCCCAGGGGCACGUCAUGGGACUGGGACCCUGCACAUGUGGGAUGUUCCACACCCAAACAAGUUCCUUCUCCAUGCUCUUCUCCAUGCCCAACCACGAAUCCCAAAUCUACGACUACUCCUCCUCCCCCUCCGUCGACUGCACCCUCUCCCUCGGAACCCCUUCCACCCGUUUCUCCCAGGACCAAGAAAAACCAACCAAACGCCGCUCCGUCUCCAACUUCUGCUGGGACAUACUACAACAAUCCAAACACAACAACCCCCAAUCCCAAACCAAAUCCCCACGUCCCACGAAUACCACCGACUCUCUCCUCGCUCGCCGCUGCGCCAAUUGCGACACCACUUCCACGCCUCUUUGGAGAAAUGGACCCCGAGGCCCCAAGUCGCUGUGCAAUGCGUGCGGGAUAAGAUUCAAGAAGGAGGAGAGAAGAGCGAGCGCGGCGGCGGCAUCCGGCGGCGUGAUGGAGUCGGCGCAGGCGUACAAUAACUCGUGGUACGCGCAGCAGCAGAGUCAGAAGAUGCAGUGCUUCUCGCCGGGGAUGGGGAGCGAGUUCCGUUUCGUGGAGGACGCCGAUCGAGACGCCGAGAACGGCAUUCCGUUUCUCUCUUGGAGACUCAACGUGACGGACAGAACCAGCCUCGUUCACGACUUCACCAGAUGAACGUUGAAAAAGAAAAACAAAAAAAAAAAAGAAUUAAAAUAAAGCAUAUAUAAGAAUAAUGACAGAAGAGAAGAUUACAAAAGGAGGUAGUAACGUGUAGUUACCAUGAACCGGUCAAGAGGCAGUUAUACGUCAACGUUUUACGAUGAUGUUUUUGAUUGCGAUGGUUACGGUCGGUCUCGUCGAGAUUAUGUUUCUUUUUUUUACUUUUUAGCUUUUCCGUUUUGUUUGCUUCUUCCUUCUCUCCCUCUUGGUGUGAGAAUGGAUAAUUCUAUAUUCUUAGCCUGUUUUUCGAUCCUUUGGACUUACUAUUUCUUUAACUUUCUCUUUCAGUUACAUAUAACCUACUUUUUUGUUGCUUCA